AUGGAGUCUGGCAAGAUGACUUCUUCCAAGAGCAUGCCGAAAGACACACAGAUGAUGGCACAAAUCCUGAAGGAUAUGGGGAUUACAGAAUAUGAGCCAAGAGUUAUAAAUCAGAUGUUGGAGUUUGCCUUCCGAUAUGUGACUACAAUUCUAGACGAUGCAAAAAUUUAUUCAAGCCAUGCUAAGAAAGCAACUGUUGAUGCAGAUGAUGUGCGAUUGGCAAUCCAGUGUCGUGCUGACCAGUCUUUUACCUCUCAUCCUCCAAGAGAUUUUUUGUUAGAUAUUGCAAGGCAAAGAAAUCAAACCCCUUUGCCAUUAAUCAAGCCAUAUUCUGGUCCUAGGUUGCCACCUGAUAGGUAUUGUUUAACUGCUCCAAACUAUAGACUUAAAUCAUUAAAAAAAGAAAAGACAUCUGCCUCUGUAGGAAGACUAACAGUUCCACGGUUAAGUGUUGGCUCAGUUACUAGCAGACCUAGUACUCACACACUAAGCACACCAACCCCACAAACCAUGUCUGUUUCAACUAAAGUAGGGACUCCAGUGUCCCUUACAGGGCAAAGGUUUACAGUACAGAUGCCCACUUCUCAGUCGCCUGCUGUAAAAGCAUCAAUUCCAGCAACAUCAACAGUUCAGAAUGUUCUGAUUAAUCCAUCAUUAAUUGGGUCCAAAAAUAUUCUUAUUGCCACUAAUGUGUUAUCAUCACAAAAUACUGUUAGUGAACCAUCAAAUGCAUCGAAAAGAAAACGAGAAGAUGAUGAUGAUGACUGUGAUAAUUUAUAA